AUGACUAAUCAGUACUAUCUAAGUAAAGAUCAAUGCCCUAAAACUACAUCUGAGAAGGAAGCUAUGAUUGAAGUGCCCUAUUCAAGUGCAGUGGGAUCAGUGAUGUACCUAAUGGUCAGUACUAGACCAGAUUUAGCCUAUGCCAUUAGUGUACUAAGUAAGUACAUGGCAAACCCAGGUAAACAACACUGGGAGGCUAUGAAGUGGUUGUUAAGAUACCUAUUGGGAUCUACAGAAGUGGUAUUAAACUACAAGAGAAGGGACAAUAGUAGAAUGAUCACUGGGUACAGUGAUGCAGACUAUGCAGGAGACAGAGACAGUAGAAAAUCUACCUCUGCCUAUUUCUUUACACUAUGGGGAAACUGUAUCAGAUGGAAAGUACAACUGCAGCCUGUUGUAGCAUUAUCUACAACAGAAUCUGAGUAUGUAGCUGUUACAGAGGCUAUUAAAGAGGCUAUUUGGCUUAAAGGACUACUAGAAGAACUGAAAUUACUAGAUGAAGAACCUACAAUCUACUCAGAUAGCCAGAGUUGUAUCCACUUGUGUAAGAAUCCUAUCUUUCACGACAGAACCAAACAUGUGGAAAUUAAGUACCACUUUAUACGAGAUAAAGUGACACAGAAGGUUGUACAGAUAGAGAAAGUUCCCACUGAAGAGAAUCCUUCUGAUAUCGGUACUAAGGUGCUACCCUUAACUAAGUUCAAGCACUGCUUGGACUUGUUAGGGGUUGGUAAUGGUGGAUGA